CAGCGCACGCGCGCUCCCUCCCCCGCCGGCGCGGAGCACGCGGGAAUGGCGGACCCCGAGCUGCAGCUGGUGGCGCGGCGGAUCCGCAGCUUCCCCGACUUCCCCACCCCGGGCGUGGUGUUCAGGGACAUCUCGCCCGUCCUGAAGGACCCCGCCUCCUUCCGCGCCGCCAUCGGCCUCCUGGCGCGACACCUGAGGGCGACCCACGGGGGCCGCAUCGACUACAUCGCAGGUCUAGACUCCCGAGGCUUCCUGUUUGGCCCCUCCCUGGCCCAGGAGCUUGGCCUGGGCUGUGUGCUCAUCCGAAAGCGAGGGAAGCUGCCAGGCCCCACUGUGUGGGCCUCCUAUACGCUGGAAUACGGAAAGGCUGAGCUGGAAAUCCAGAAAGACGCCCUGGAGCCAGGACAGAGGGUGGUCGUCGUGGAUGAUCUGCUGGCCACUGGUGGAACCAUGCACGCUGCCUGUGAGCUGCUGGGCCGCCUGCAGGCCCAGGUCCUGGAGUGCGUGAGCCUGGUGGAGCUGACCUCGCUCAAAGGCAGGGAGAAGCUGGCACCCAUCCCCUUCUUUUCCCUCCUGCAAUACGAGUGACCUCGGGGCCUCCCAGCCCAGCCUCUCCAGCCGGAGCCCAGCCAUGCUUCAGCCUUGGGCUAUGGAGAUGACCUGCAGUCACCAGGGACCCCAGCUGCCCACGGGAACACAUUCCUUAGCUCUGGUUCAGCACCUCUCCUGGGGCUGGAAGUGCCAAAGCCUGGGGCAAAGAUCAACCACCCUGGGCCCAAUCGCACACACAGGGAGAACACAAGUAAAGAGUUUUGCCACGCGA